ACCACACCAUAGUAAUUUUUGUUUUGUACUAUCGUUACUCAUAAAUGCUAAUUCCCAUAGAUCACUCCUAAAUUUUUCGAAGAACUUGCCAUUUCUAGCACUUCUGAUCUCAACUUAAACCUGAUCUUCAUGUUGCUCUAUCCUGUUUACAAAGUGGUGAAACAGAUGCAAGAUAUGACGUCUUUUUUAAACAAAAUGUUUCUAGGGAAAUGAUUUAUCUUUCCUCCAGAUUUGAGGAGGGCAUUGGUGCCAGCUACACCUUCUCACCCCUCCCAAAACUCCUGGGUUGCGUAAAUACUGAGAGACUCAUCAUAUAAAGGAUGUGUGCAUCCUUGGACUAUUUUUUGCCAAGCUGGGUCUAGGCUUCCUGACGUUGGUUGUUGAGCUGGAAGGAAGGAACAAGGCAAGCAUUCACUCUUUGGCUGUUAUCUGCCCAAGACAGACAGAAACCCAGCUUGGCCAGCAUUUCAUUGCGUUUCCAGAGUUGUCCAAACUCAGCGACAGCAAAGAGAAAGACAAGAGGCAUCAGACCCCCCAAAAGACCCCGAAAAUGCCAUCUUCUGAGAGCAAUGUCCCUUCCUACAUUGGCCUCUCCAUCUUCAACAUGCUCUGUUGCUGCCUUCCUCUUGGAAUUGCAGCCUUGAUCUACUCUUGCCAGGUGGACACCGCCUACAGUUCAGGAAACGUCAACCUGGCCGCCCAAUCGUCCCACAUGGCUCGCACCCUGAACAUCAUUGGCAUCGUCCUCGGUGUGAUUAUGCUGAGCAUCCUCAUCGUGUAUUACGUGGUUGUUAGUACGAAGUGAGAAGGCGGUCCAGCAUCGCCGCUGCUGUAGCCUUUGGGAACGGAUCCGGCCCAGAACUGUUGCGCCAUUAACAAGAAUGCUGCGAUGCUGGGAGACAUUGGCUCCUCUACUGAAAAAGAAACCCUUCAUUGCAUUUUUUGCCUAAGUGCUUAAGUGCUUUGCCUUGCCUUUUUCUUACCCAGAUGCCACCCAUUGUGUGCCUUAAGAGCAUAUAGCAAAGUUGUACACCAAUAAAACUCAAAACGUUGAGUAAAAACUCUGCC